CGAAGCGAGGAAGUUAUGUCUUCCGUAGUUCCAGUUGGAAAGAUGAGAUCACUCCGUUGAUAAUUACAAUUGUCGGCUUUCAUUGAUUUACAACGAAAUUUUUAAUUCGUCGCAACGUAAGUUGGAACCCGUCGUAAUAAUCCGACCCUACUUAAUUGCCAAUUACGUAAUAAAUAUUAACGAUUCAAAAGUUCAUCAUGAAUGUAGCUGAUGAUGGUAACCAGCAAAGGAACAAUGAAGGUUUGCAGGCUGUGUUGGAUCACAUGUUUAAUUCGAAAAUUGAUGCUACCGUCUGGUUGACAAGAGUUGGCACUGUAAUUUUCUUUUUAUUUUGUCCAUUUGCAAUGAUUAUUGGUAAUCCCUGGGGAUGUUACAAGAGAUCAUUACUAUGUAAUGCAGCGGCCUGUUCUUUAUGUCUUCAUCAAAAUUUACAGAAUGUACAUUUGAGUGAAGACUUCUUUAACCUUUUACUUAUGGAUGAUUGUUUUCAUUAUUUGUUGUUUUCGUUGACUUUCUUAUUUUCUCAUCAUUCUAUUCUUGUUUUAAUAUCGUUAGUGUUAUAUAAUUUGUGGAGUUGUUCUCAAUAUAGUCUUGAAAUAUUAAAUAAAUUAGGAGAAGGCACGUCAACAAUUGGAAACUUUUUCAGAAGUAUAAAUGAACAUCACGAAAUUUACAUAUUGACUCUGGUUGCUUGGGCCGAAGUACUCAUCAUGCCACUUUCCAUUGUCAUGUUAUUAACUGGCUAUGGUAGUCUUUGGGAACCUUUUAUGUAUUAUCAGUUUUUGUCACUCAGAUAUGCGUCACGUACAGGAGUUUAUACACGGGAAAUCUUCCACGAGCUGAAAGUCAUGGUGGAGAAUUACGCCGACAACCCGAGCCUACCGGACAUAAUACGCCAGUUCUUACGGAACAUGAUCUCUUUUAUAUCUCAGUUGUCGCCCAUGGUUCCUUCUCUACACUAAAUUUCCUUAGAAGCACUAACGUCCGAGAUGCGGAAAAAAAAAAACAAACACAAGAAUCGUCGGUUGUAAAUAUGUUUUACGGAAUA